AUGCAAUGCUCUGCUUUACGUAAGAACGGUCACGUGGUCAUCAAAGGUAGACCAUGCAAAAUUGUCGAUAUGUCUACCUCCAAGACUGGAAAGCACGGUCACGCAAAGGUUCAUAUCAUUGCGAUUGAUAUCUUCACUUUCAAAAAGUUGGAAGAUAUCUCUCCUUCGACUCACAACAUGGAUGUUCCUAACGUCACCCGUAACGAAUACCAACUCGUUAACAUUGAGGAUGGUUUCUUGAACUUGAUCAACAUGGAUGGUGCUGCCAAGGAUGAUGUCAAGAUUCCUGAAGGUGACCUUGGCAAAGAUCUCCAAGAGCAAUUCGAUGCCGGAAAAGACCUCUACUGCACCAUCACCUCCGCUAUGGGUGAAGAGAUGUGCCUCGCUUUCAAAGAAGCCCCAAAAUUUGUUACCCCUCUCUCUGCUCUCAUCUUUCCCUCUCUCCACAUAUGUUCACAAAGUCAUUUGUUGUUCUUAGCUCCUACUCUCUACCUACUUACUUACAUUCCCCUCCUGCACCCACUCACCCCCCCGAACUCAAAAAAAAGAACCUUCACUUGUUAUUGA